AUGGUUAAGUGUGUUCUCCUCGGCGCAACUCGUGGAUGUGGUCUUGAGACCCUCCUCAACCUUGUCGAUAUGGGCCACUCCUGCUACGUCCUCGCACGAAACGAAGCAGCCUUCUCGAAAACCCUAGCAGCCCGAAGCGCCAAAACGGACCUCAUAACUGUUGUCCAGGGCGAUGCAUUCUCCGAACAGGACGUCGGACGACUUUUUAGCACCGCCGGAGAUGGUGUCGGUUUCGCACUAUUCAGUCUAGGUGGUCGACCAAGCUUCAAAAAUCCGCUCUCGCCCAAGCUCGAACCCCCACAGAUCUGCUCCCGCACUAUCAACGUCUUCCUCCCAGUCUUUACCCGCCUGUACCCAGACCCGUCCAACCAGCCGCGGCUCGUGGUCAUCUCCUCCAGCGGUAUUGGGCCAAAGGGCCACAAGGAACUCCCGUUUGCGAUGAAGCCAAUGUAUAGUUGGCUACUCAAGGAGCCGCAUGCAGAUAAAGAGGAUAUGGAACGGCUGGUUAACUCCUAUGCGGGGAUCCAGCAUGUGGACUUUAAUCCAACGCCGGGGGAAGUUAAGUUGGGUAAUGUUGUGAUCGUGAGACCGAGCUUGUUGGUUGAUGGGCCAGUCAAGGGGAAGGUUAGGGCGGGAGAGAGCCUUGAGGGCGCGUGGACUGUGCAGAGGUCUGAUGUGGGGAGGUUUAUCGCGGUGGAGUGCGGGCCGGGGGUGGAUACGUGGAGGAAUAAGGGUAUUGUGGUGUCUAAUUGA